AUGUACUACAAAGCAAUGAACCUGAAUGAAUGGCCACCAUCGGCAACAAUGCCUGGCCUUGACAACGAGUGGAGACCAGGCCUCCUGGGACCUGAGGGGCAGGAGAGAGGAUGCGUGUCUGGGACCCGCCCGGUCUCACCAAUUUAUCCCAUCCUCCAGGAUCGAGUUCCGAGGGACGUCUAUGCUGGAGACCCUGGCCACCAUCACGACAAAACUGCCGGUAGGUGCUGUCACUGCUGCCCCGUGGGUGACACCUGCCACGAGCUGGCAGCGCUGGACUUAAACCGCCCUUUGCACCAGAAGUCUGAAAGUAAAGAGAAGGGCUAUUUCCCAGGAGCUUUUGUGAAACUCUCAGAGAUGGGGCUCAUUGGCUGGCAUGGAUUGGCCUACCUGCGUCAUGUGGCCAUCUUGGAAUCAAGCGGUGGGCGGGUGGCCUGUCAGGACGCCACUGGAGGGAGAGCCCACAGGGCAGGGCUGCCGUGCCCCCAGGGGUCACCUGACUGCAGGAAGCAGUGUGAGCCCGACUACUACCUGAACAGGGACGGCCGCUGCACGGCCUGUGUGAGCUGUGCUCGAGACGAUCUUGUGGAGAAGAUGCCAUGCUCAGGGAACUCCUCCCGCGUCUGUGAGUGCCGCGCUGGCACGUUCUGUGCCACAUCAGCCACCAACUCCUGUGCCCGCUGCAUCCCCCACACCGUCUGCCCGAAAGGGAUGAUUGUCAAGGUCCAGGGCACAGCACAGAUGGAUACUGUGUGUGAGCGGCCUUCCCCGGUGACCAGCCCUGACCUCGGCACGGGCCCAGAAGACUGCCAGGCGCCCACCAGCGACACCAGCGCCCAGGCCGGGCCCCUGGUGACCUCCUCAGUGAGCUCCAGUGCCAGGACCACGCUCCUUGGAGGGGGCACUGCCAUCACCCCCGAAGAUGACUCCAAAACGACGGGGGCCCCCGGCUCUCCCUCCUCUGUGAGGAAGCCCAGUCCAGAUCCAGGUAAUUUCUCGAGAAGCUUUGGGUUGUUUCCCAGGGCAACGGCGUCUCACUGGCAGGCGACCUGUGUGUGGCAUUCCGGGCAGGUGGGUCUCUCCUGGUCCAGGGAGAAGAGGGUCUCUAGGUCCCUUGGGGCUUUAGGCUUCGAGGGCCAGAGGUGCACGGCCUGUGUGAGCUGUGCUCGAGAUGACCUGGUGGAGAAGACACCCUGUACCUGGAACUCCUCUUGUGUCUGCGAAUGUCGACCUGGCAUGUUCUGUGUCACACCAGUCACCAACUCCUGUGCCCACUGUGUCACCCGCCCCGUCUGCCCACCAGGCAUGGCCACCAAACCCCAGGGUACAGCUGAGAGGGAUGCCACCCAUGAGCCGCCGCCUCCCCUAGAAGCCCACCCCGAGUGCAGCACCAACCCAGAGGACAGCAAGGCGCCCACCAGCGCCACGGCCUCUCCGGUCUCCGCAGCAGACCCCCAAGGCAGUAAGGAGCAUGGAGGGGGCAACACCCACACCUGGGGAGACACCUUCACAUCAACGAGCUCCCCUAUCUCUUUCUCCUCCACGGGAAAGCCCAUUCUGGUUUCAGGACCUGUGCUCUUCUGGAUGGUCAUGAUCCUGGUGGUGGUCUUGGUCUCCAUCUCCUUCCUCCUGUGCCACUGGAGGGCCUGCAGGAAGUGGAUUCGGCAGAAGCUCCACCUGUGCUACCCUGCCCAGACCUUCCGGCCCACGCUGGAGCCUGUGGAUUCCAGGCCCAGGAGGAACCUGACCCAGUUGAGGAGUUGCAUAUCGGUGGCCGAGCCGGGCACAGAGGAGCUGGGAUUAAUGGGCCCCCCGGCCAUGGAGACCUGCCCCAACGGGGAAGUCUGCCUGGAGAGCAUGCGGCUGCUGGAUGCCAGCCCGGCCGGGAGCCCCCCGUCCCCCAGGGACCUUCCCGAGCCCCGGGUGACCUCAGAGCAUACCAACAACAGGAUCGAGAAAAUCUACAUCAUGAAGGCUGACACAGUGAUUGUGGGGACCGUGAGGACCGAGCUGCCUGAGGGCCGGGGCCUGGCGGGGCCGACGGGGCCUGAAUUGGAGGAGGAUCUGGAAGGGGACCACGCGUACCCCCACUUCCCGGAGCAGGAGACAGAGCCGCCUCUGGGCAGCUGCGGGGACGUCAUGUUCUCAGUAGAAGAGGAAGGAAAGGAGGCCCCCUUGCCCAUGACUGUCUCUGAGAAAUGAGGCCUGGUCUGGGUUGGGGCUGAGAGGGCAGCUGGGUGGCUCCGGAGAGGCCAGGGUGGCACUAGUGGCACCAGGCUGGCAGCAGAGGCCUGUGUGGCCCGAACUGAGGUUCCGGCAUCCGGUGGAAGACCAGCCUGGGCAGGGGGCUUCUGGUGGUUUCCAGUUGUGCCCCGCCCAGCUGCCCCCCCAGCCCAGACCCCGGGGGAGCCCGGCUCGUGCCGUGGAGACAACCCAGGGGCUGGAUCCGCACGGCAGUGUUGGAGCAGCAGGCAGACAGCAGGGACUGGGCGCCCCCUCUCCCACCACUGCCAGGAAGACGCCCUCGGAGCCCGGAGCAUCAGACGCACGCCGCCAGGGCCGGAGCUCACUGGCGGCAGAGGUUGUGAGGCACAGACCCCUCGGCCUGCUUCUCUCGCCCGGGGCCUCGGGAGCAGUGCCCCCCUGACCUUGCUGCCAUGCCGGCAGCCCCCAGUUACUGUGGUGUGGCCCCCAUGGGCACCGAGCCAACGCCUGAGUCAGUGGGGAAGCCAAGGGACGAGGCAUCAUCCCCCAUCUUGGCAACGGCUGCCACGCUGUGCUCUGUGCCAAGGUGUGUGCCCAGCCUGGCCUCCUGCCCUGCUAGGGCUGAGCGAGACCCUCCUGGUGCCUCCAGCCCCUCCCUAUGCUGCGGCCCCCACGGUGGGCUGAGGGCCUGGGGUCAACUGUCUCAAAAUGUCCCCACCAGUUCUCCCAGCGGGAAGCAUCUUGGGACCCAGAUGUCUGUAGAUGCUCCAGUUGCGGGGUCCUGCUCCAGCCGGAGACCCCGCCCACCCGGCUGCCCUCCUGGAGAAUGGCCUGCUGAAGGGGAGCCGUGGGCCCUUCCUGGAUCCUUGCUUCUGUGUCCUGGGAAAUGAAGAUGCUCCUUCCCCAGAUCUGCCAUGCUCACGGAUCCCGGCGGCCCCCCACCCUGCCCUCAGGCUCCCCUGCUCAGCACCCACGGUGGGGAUAUGGAUGUCAAAAAGUAACGUGGUUUCACCCAGGCAUUCAAAUGCCUUCUUCUGGAUUCUUGGAAAAGCAAGUAGUUCAGUCCAGAUUUCAGGAUCUUUGCAAUUCACAAGAAGAGAAGCUGCUCUAACUUGUGUCCGCUGGCCUGCUCUCCCCGGGGCUUUCAGACUCCUGUAAACACACGAGGGGCCUUGGAGAGGGGCCUGUGGGCAGAGGACAGGUCGGCCGCAGCCCAGGGCGUGGAGUCUCAGCCACCUAGAGGCUCCUGGAAUUACCCCCCGCAGGAGGCCAGGCCCGGGAAUCUGCUGUUUACCCACCAGCCUGCUCACUGUCGGGAGGAAGUCGAGGCUGGGUCAGGAAUCAAAAGGGUAGUUUCUGAAACUGCUCAGAUGUUUUUGGGAAAGUUGGAGAGGCUAGGACGCUGACAGACACACCAGAAGCUGGAGAAGUUUACAUGAAAUUUUAGAGACAGCACCGGCACUGUGCCCUGAGCUUUGGCUCUGAGGGGCCCCGAGGACGCCCCACCCCGCCCAGCAGGCCACCCAGCAGGGUUCCGGCAGUCUCGACUUGAAGAUACUGACCCACGUCUAAUGAAAUGGAGCAUUCCCUUGCCGAAAGGCCCCUCACAAAACUUUCGAUCCUCCAAAACUUUUGAUCCUCAGAAAAUUAGUAAGGUCCCUUAAAAAAACUAAUCGUAAGGCUCAGGAAACUAUCUUUGAACUAAGAGUAUUUGAGAAGCUCUGAGCAGGAAGGGUCUGGGCAGUCUCUCUCCCCACAGGACAGGGAGGUCCCUCUUCACCCAUCCACCUGGGCAACCAGCCUCUGGUGACAGGGAGCCCACUAUCUGCUGAGGCAGCCCUUCCUCUGCGUACCGCCUACUCCCUGGUCCCAGACCUGUCCUCCGAGGAUAUGCAAAAUAAAGCCUCUCUUGUCAUAAGGCUCCGUUUGGGUAUUUGC